CCAGACGACAGCAUGGCGGAAAACACAGACCCACACUGUGAUGGAGGUGUUGAGGAGAUUCCUGAGCUGUCUGAUGGUGAGAGUGAGGAUGAUGAAGAUGAAGAACAGUGGCUGGAGGAGGACAGUCAAACGGUUGAGUGUCUGUUUUGUGACAGCUUGCUGAGCUCGGUGUCGGCCGCCCUGCAGCACUGCAAAGCUGAGCACCAGCUCAGCCUCGUGGACGUGAUAAGAAAACACAAUUUGGAUGACUACGGUUACAUAAAGAUGAUCAACUUCAUUCGGUCAACAAAAUGUGAUGUAUCAAGUCUGACGAGGCUGUCAGGUGCUGCUGCACCCUGGGAGAGUGAAACUUUCCUGCGACCCGUCCUGCAGGAUGAUCCCUUACUGCAGACAGACCCAGAGGAUCUGUGCCUGAGAGAUGGAUCAAGUUCGUCCACCUGCUUGUCAUCUGGGGUCGACCCUGGUGAUGCUCUGAUGCGGAGGGCACAGGCCGCCGAGGAGAGGGCGUGUCGCUCAGAGCAGGCGCUGGCCCGAGCCAUGGAGGACCUGCACAAACUCAAGCUGCUGGCUCAGAGUUUGGUGCUGAAAACUGAAACAGGCAGAUCUGGCAAACUGGGCAUCGUGGCCGAACUCCGCCAGGAUGAGGAUGAGGCCUACUUCAGUUCCUAUGGCCAUUAUAGCAUCCACGAGGAGAUGCUGAAGGAUAAAGUGCGCACCGAGAGCUACCGGGACUUCAUGUACCGCAACCCAGAAGUAUUCAGAGAAAAGGUGGUGCUCGAUGUGGGUUGUGGGACUGGCAUAUUGUCUAUGUUUGCUGCUCGAGCUGGAGCCAAGAAGGUUAUUGGAGUUGAAAAAUCUGAAAUCAUCUAUCAGACCAUGGACAUAAUAAGAUCCAACCACCUGGAGGACAAGAUUACAUUGAUCAAAGGCUGCAUAGAGGAUGUCAACCUCCCUGUUGAGAAGGUCGAUGUCAUCAUCUCUGAGUGGAUGGGUUACUUCUUGCUGUUUGAGUCCAUGCUGGAUUCCGUACUCUAUGCCAGAGACCUCUACCUGGACCAUGGUUGCUCAGGAGGUGUAGGAGGGGAGGUGGAGUUGGCAGUGGUAGGGAUGGUUGAGGACCUGGUGGAGAUCAAACUCUUUCUCUUGGAACUUUUGGAGGAGGUUAAACAGCUGCGCCUCCAGAAUGAGGAGAAAAACCGGCGCAUCACAGAGCUGGAGCAGCGAGUGGAGGAACUGGAGCAACAUUCUCGUAUGAACGAUGUGGUCAUCUCAGGAAUCCAAAUUAAGCCGCGCUCGUACGCGCGUGCGGUUGUUGGUGGUGGUGAGGAGCCCAGUGAGCAGGAGACGCUCUCUGUGGAGCAACAGGUGGCAUCCUACCUCCAGAGUAGAGGGAUAGAGUUGGACCUGGAGCACAUUGAGGCGUGUCACACUGAGACAAACCGGAGAGAGGCCAACCGUCAUCUCUGCUACUGCAGUGGCAGCUGUGUACCAGAUGGUGAUGAGGAGGAGAUGAUGGACUCAGUCAUGGCAAAAAUGACAAUUGACUGUAACAAAGUGUGCCUGUCCGAGCUGGAGUUUGUGUCCGAUUUCUGCCUGAAGAUAACGAACAGCACAGAAUGCACAGCAAUUGUCGGCUACUUUGACAUUUUCUUCGACAAAGGCUGCAGCAACAAGGUUAUGUUCUCCACUGGUCCUCAUGUCACAAAGACCCACUGGAAGCAGACUGUUUUCCUCCUGGAGAGACCAUUUCAGGUCCAGGCUGGGGAGGAGCUUCAUGGGAAGAUCUCCAUUUGCAAAAACAGGAAGGACCCUCGCUCUUUGUUGGUUACCUUAGAACUCAGAGAAAGAAAGCAGACUUACAGCCUGCAAUGACAUCAGCUGUCACAUGGCGACAACUUAAUUAAUACAUGACUUUCUUAUUUCUUUGCCUUGUAAUAAAACUUAAUUCUGAA